UGCAGUAUGAGAUACUGUUAGAGAGACUCGGUUACGGUUAGUCAGUGAGCAGCGCUCAGACGCGCAGCAUCAUCCGCCGCGACGCUUUUCCGGGCUCUGCUUUCACGACGCGUUGCUUUUACUGAGCUCCAGAUAGCGGAAUGUCUGAUACGUGCAUGUAUUUUACCGCCCAAGGAUCCAGCUGUUGUUUUAAACUCAAAUUUAUGGGCACGUUUUGAACAUAAAAACCCAAGGAUUACCCACACCGAGAAUGUACCAGUUUUGUAUGGACAAUGCCAUUCUUCAUAUUUAUCACGACUAAAAGGCUUUGGUUUGGUGAAGUUUAAUGCAGAUGUUGUUCCAGACAGGACAAUAACUGUGAGCGCUUGAGCCUGAAUUAGGGAGUGAAUGAAUCAUGGCUUACACAGGAGCUCAGAAACCUCUGAAAAGUGAGAAGUUAGAUGAAGCUCAAGCUUUGGCCAAAAGCUGUGCAGGCCGGCCAGACUUUCUCCCCUGUGAUGGAUUGUCCAUCUGCGCUACACACAGCCAUGGAAAGUGUUUCAAACUGCACUGGUGCUGUCAUUUGGGCUGGUGUCACUGUAAAUACGUAUACCAACCCAUGACCAAUGUCGGGCAACUACCCAGCACUUCCGUGCCGGCCGCUCCAUCCGACUGCACAGACACCAUCGAUCUUUCAAUCUCCCUGAUGGAACGCUUUCUCCGCAUCUCCCCCUGCUUCCUGCCUCCACCAUGUCCGGAGUCCCCAAAGUACUGCAACAUUGCUGAACUCUUUAUUGAUGAUUACAUCGUCAAACGCAUCAAUGGCAAGAUGUGCUACAUUCAACGGCCCCCGGUGCAUCCGGAGGCUCCUCCCACCCCACCUCAGAGAAAUCCGGUUUCCCAGAAGGAACGAGAAGAGAAGCAGACUGUUGUCGAUAUGGUUAAAGGACCUAAAAUGGGCCACUGCUCUUCUCCUUCCAGCUCAGAGGACUCAGGGAUCAAUGCUCUAGAAGGGCACUAUCUAGAGUCCUGUGAGGAAGAAUCUGAGGAAGACGAUGAACUUAGCAUGGAUGGAAACUCCAGUCCAGGAAGUCUGUGGGACCAGGAUGAAUGCACCCUAUUGUCCCCAUCCAAAUCCAUGGUGGAGAUUAUUGAAAAUAUUGAAACCACUGUGUGACACAAUUCACUUUCUAGAAUGAAUAUUUACUCUUUCUAUUAUUUUAAAAUCUCUCUUUGUAAAGAGUAAUUGUGUUUAAUGAAAUAUUGUACGUAGAGGAAAUGCUAUAAAUACAGUGCUACACUUUACAUUAGUCUUUUUACAGGUUAGAGGAGUUUACCAAAUCGCUGUUUACCUUAAUCCACACUAAUCCUCAUUAUUACACCUCAUAUGUUUCAACAUUUGAGGUUGAACAGCACUGUGCACAACCUUUAUAACUGCUAUCAGCUGAGACAGCUGACUUUAGGUUAACUAUGAAGUACUUCAAUAGAGAAGAGACAUCAAUUCGGUGAUUCAGAACUGCAAUUUUCAUUUUUUGUUAGGGGAAGAGUUACAGGCAUACUGUACAGUGCAUUUAAGGUACUGUAUAUAAUUUAUCAUUGAGUGUUGUGUUCCUUGGGAGGCAAUACCCUUGACCAGUGGACAGGUUUAGUCAGAGAGUAAGCAAUGAAGACAUGGUUCCUGCAGUAUAUAUUUAAGUUCACUACUGUAUGUUGCUGUUGGUUCAUCCUGUAGUUUGGAGAGCAGAAGCUUUUCUGGUCUUUGAAAAUUUAAUAGUCCGCUCUGAGUGCGUUAACAUGCCCGGCCUUUUAAAUUGCUGACUUACAUAAGAGCACGCAAAGCCCUCUGCAGUGCUAUUAUGAGACAUCAUGCUAUAUUUUUUAUCAAGGCUAAUCCUAUUCAAAAACAAAGAACAAAUUACACUGAAUGCAAUUUAUCUUCAUUGUACUCAAUUUAAUUAUAGUCAUGUCUUCCCUUGAGUGGCCGUGAUUGUUAAAUUAUUUAGGUCUCUUUAACCAAAGUUUCCUGGUAAAGGGUUCUUUUAAGAUAGGCUACUCUAUUAUCUUAAAGGGAUAGUUUACUCAAAAAAGAAAAUUCUGUCAUCAUUUACUCACCCUUUUGUCAUUUUAAACCUGUAUGACUUUGUUCUGCAAAAAUCAGAACGGCAAUACCCAUUCACUUCUAUUGUACGGAUACAAAACCUUGGGUAGCGUCGUUGUUCGGUUACCAAAGAAAGACAUACAGGUUUAAAAUGACAAAAGGGUUAGGAUUAGUUUUUUUCCGUUUUGGGUGAACUAUAAAUACUCUACUUUGAUGAUGUCUUGUUAUUACUCUUAAUUUUCAUUCAAUCACUUAAAAUGUUUUUCGUUGUCUCGUUCAUGAUUUAAUAUAUUAAAAGUUAAUAUAGUCCACACAAACCUCUCUAAAAUGAUUUAUUCCCUUGUUGCUGCCUUGGUAUAUGAUAAUCAUGAAUUUUAAUUUAAAAUGAAAAGUUUUCCAGAUGGAAAUCAAGCAGCCAGAUGGCUUUAUAUAACUGCUUUCAAAACGAUAAAUUAUAAUUUCUUUCAUUCAUGUCAAAUCUGGUGGAAUUUGAAUGCACUUACUACUAUAUAAGUAUAUCAACGUAAGAGUCAGUAUUGAAAAUUGUAGGAAUCUGAUAAACCAGCCUGAUCUCACGGUAAUUCGUAACUUUUUUACGAGGUGGUUGAGUCAUAUUAAUUCAUACAAUGUGUGUCAUACAAAAAUGUCACAGGCGUGAAAGCAAAAUGUACUAAAACAAAUGUACAAAUGAGAUUGUAUGAAUUAAAAUGAAUUAGACACUUUGUAAAAUAGUUACGAAUUGCCAUGAGAUUGUGUUGCAUAAACUGUUUCUAGUCAUCUCCUAAAAUCAAAGUCACCCCAAUACAGUAUGGCUUGAUUCAUACUUCAAUGCAAGUUUAUAAGCUUUCUCGAAGUUUUAAGCUUUCUUGAAGUUUUUCAUUGUCUGCCAGGUGAAAAUCUAAGUUGCUUGAAAAUGUAAAAAUCUAUAGAUUUAAAGAUUCACCAAUACUAAAUUUCUCCACCAAUACCGAUUGAGUGAUAUCUGCCGAGAUCGAUUCUGAAGAUUGAAUUAAUAUUUCUUAGCUUUCUGAAUGUUAUUAAUUCAUAUAAUGACUAUUAAUAUUGAACAUAAAAUUAGUGAUGUUUCUUAAAGGGAUAGUUCACCAAAAAAUGAAAAUUCUGUCAUUUACUCACCGUCAGAUUAAUCCAAACUUGUAAAAAAAAUGUAAUACAAAAAUGUAUUUGUUCUGCUGAGGAAGAUAUUUGAAAAUGUCAGUAACCAAACAUUACUCCCAUUGACUCCAAUAGUAUUUAUUUCCCCUACUAUGGCAGUAAAUGGGGAAUGACAUUUGGUUACUGACAUUCUUCCACAUAUUCCAAAUAGGAGAUGAAAAUGUUAAAAUUUUAUGUAAAAAUAUCCGAAGACAUCACAUUUGAAACAACAUUUCAGUCACCCUACACCUUGCAGUCUUUACUUUGCUACAGUAGUUUCGAGCUGCAUGUACAGUAGACCAAAUGGAGCUUGUGAUGUGUUUCAGUCUUCUCUCCUGAGACUUCCAGGAUCCGAACAUCUCUUUCAGUAAACAACUGAUUGAUUUCUUCUCCUACUUGGUGUCAUAUUUCUGCAGCAUAUUUAUGUAUAGCUGUCUCUUACACUGCAUUUCUGAGACAGCACUGCAGAGCUACUCAAUCUGCUCCUGUGUGCACAGUUACCAUCUUUUUAUAAACAAGAAGUGAGUCUUUGGUUGAGACUGAAUGACAUUAAUUAGACCGAAAAAAUACAGUCAAUAUAUUUUUUGACAUUUAUUACCCCCCCAGUAAAAUUUCUUUGUAGAAAACAGAAAAAUAAUCUCAACGCAAAAUGGUGGGUUUAAUUUGAAAUAUUCCUCUGAAAAUAUACAUUUUUAAUAAUAAUAUACAUUUAAUAUAUGUACACGGAGUCAAUUCAACCCACGUCUUAUGCUCUACUUCACAAGGUCACAUGAGCAGACGCUCACCACACAACCUUCUUAUUUUCACAAGGGCAAUCUUUCCGUUUCAGUAAUAUCUCCCUGAUUGAGGUAAAUCAAGCCUCUAGGAUGAAACCUCACCAAUAGUUCACCUGAUAAACAGCUGCCAGUCUACGGUCCAUGUGCAGACCUUUGAGGGAGAUCUGGGUUUGAUAAGCUCCGUAAAUGUCUGUGAGUCACCCUGCUGGGUCCACCGGUGCGCUCGCCCUGUAAAAUAUUCAUUGCUUUUCUCUGCAUCUCAAAGAUUGUUUUCAGGUUUUUUUUUAAAUUUUUUUAUUUUACAUUGCUCUCAAUUCAGACUAACCAUUCACAAACAGAGCUUUUUUUAAAGAAAACAGAUGCUGGGUCAAGACAGAUGCUGGGUCAAGACACAGGUGAAAUUUACAAUGUAUAUUGCUAGAAAUAAUAUCGCUAUUGUUUGGAUGGGUGCUGUGCAAAUUGAUGGGAAUUGUGUCACGACUGGCGUGAAAGAACCCAAUAGCAGGCAGGCAGUGAAGGGGUUAAACAAGAUAUUUAUUUAAACUAAACACAACAAAACAAAAACCCACGAGGGGGUAAAACAACAAAACAGAGGGGAUCUAAUAAAAGACUAGACGGGAACACUGAACUAAAUAAACUAGACUUAAGACAACACUUGACAAAGACUAACACUGACUAGACUUACUGUGACAAGAAGUUUUCAGGACGAAACACUGGUGUACACAGUCAAGGCACAAGCACAUACACAUGCAAUACACGAGCACAGGACAAAGAAACAUGAGGGCAUUUAUAGGGAAGACAAACGAGGGAUAACGAGCGAGGGCAGGUGUGGAACAUAAGACACAGAGGGAGAAAAUACAGGAAACGAGAGGGGCGGGGCCAAUGACGAGACACUGGAGAGAACGCACAUUAUUGUCAAAAGGACAAUAAUAUGUUUCUCUCCACACAUAACCAAAGGCUUUGCCAUGACUCUGCUACAGGACCAAGAAAAACAUGACUAAAGGAAGCAGAGCCAUGACAAAUUGUAUGAUGUGGCCAGUGUGCGGUUGAUGCUUGGCUAAUGCAUUGGCAGAGAGACAGAUGUUUAUUACUGUGUGUGGAUGUGUGUAUUUGCGUGUUAUUGUGGGUGGUAAUACAUAUAUAGUAAUGUGAGUCAUAGGUGUCUAUGGUAAUGACUUCACUGUUCAGACUAUGAAUCUGAUUUAGGUAAUAGAUUUGAACUGUUGACUUCCUGUCAAUCCUUCUAUUCACUUAAGUCUGAAGUGUUUUGACCCUUAAGCAUUGUGAGUAACUUUCAUCUCCCAAUCCCCAAUUCUGACUUUUAUCAUUUACUUACAUGUUCACUGGCUCAUAGCGAGUACUUUAAUGCUGUAAUAAUCUUUUUCAUCUUCUGCAAGGUCAAUGAAGAAGAAAUAAAAAAAAUCACAGUAUAAGGGAUAUAAGGGAUGAAACAUGACAAUUCUGUCAUCAUUUACGGUUGUCAUUUGUAUGACUUUCAUUCUUUUGCAGAACACAAAAGAAGAUAUUUUAAAGAAUUUUGGUAAUGUGGGAAUAUUUUUCAGAUAAAAGUAUGAUUUAAAUAUCAAUAUAAUCAAUAAGUGUUUUCUUUCAUUAAAUCAUUAAGCUGUGUGGUUUUGUCAUGUGCUUUCUAUUUUACUCAGUGGAAAGUUACUGUGGCAAACGAAGUGAGACAGGAUAAGUGGGGGUUGGAACCAUAAAUUAUCUAAAUCAACACACACACACACACACAAAGAGUCACACAGAAAAGAAAUGUUAUGAAUCAAUCCACUGCAUAUGUUUUAAGUAUAAUCAUGAGUUGUGAUGUGUUUUAAUGAAUCAUAGGAUUAAGAAACAACGCUACAUAAUUAAAAGUAUUAGAUGAUUGAGUGUUUUCUUUUUACUAAAAGAAUGUUAAGAAUGUUGGUAUGUUGUCCGGCCACAAGAAACUGUCUCUAGGAGACCACUCCCCAAAAGAAACGGUCUCUAGAGAACAUUCCUCAAAACUGGCGACUGACCACAGGAUGUAAAACAUGUGUUAUGCAAAGAUGUUGUUUUGCAGAUAUACAUGGUGCACGGUGAUUGGUGGAAAGGGAGCAGCACUGUCACGGUCCCACCGUCUUGUUUAUGAAAUUCUAGUCGUGUGGUGGGAUCGGGGCAGAGUCCUUAGGUUGUGUGUGGAGAGAAACACAUUAUUGUCUGUUUGACAGUAAUAUACGUUCUCUCCAGUGUCUUGUCAUUGGCCCCAUUCCUCUUGUUUCCUCGUUAUGUUUCCCUGAGUGUUUAAUGUCCCACACCUGUCCCUUGUCGUUAUCCCUAGUUUGUCUUCCCUAUAUAUACCCUCAUGUUUCUUUGUCUUGUGCUGUUGGAUUACGUUUGCAUGUGUAUGUGGUGUAUGCCUUGUGCUGUAAAGUUCGUGUUCCAUGCUGGUGUUCCUGUAUGUGAUGUUUUCGGUGAGUCUAGUUAGUGUUAGUUUAUUGUAUUUGGUCUUGUGUUGUGCUUAGUCUUUGUUGGUUUAGUUUAGUCAGUUUAUGUUCCUGUUUUCCUGUUAUUUCAUUUCCCCCUGUUAUCGUGUCUUGUUUUCCCCACCGUAGGUUUUUGUUUUACGUUUUUGUAUUUGUAAAUAAAGUCUUGUGCAUUAACCCCUUACUGCCUGCCUGCAUCUGGGUUCUUCCUCUGUGAUCGUGACAGAAUCCACAAGCCAGAACUGAACCCAGCAGGU